AUGGCCAACUCUUCUUCGUCCUCAUCCAGUGGCGGCAAGCAGCCGUCGCACUCCGCGUUGGCCAUUGUCGGGCGAGCCCCCGUCUCCGGCUCUCACGACCUCAAGAUAGAUGGCCACUCCGCCAUCAAGGGGAUCGGCCACGGCAACUACAUCACGUCUGAGCAGUUCGUCAUCGGAGGCCGUCGCUGGCGUCUCCAGUACUACCCCGACGGCUACUCCGGCUACCACGAAUGGAUAGCCAUCUACCUCUGCCUCGACCCUGCCGACCUCAACGCAAUAAGCGUGCAGGCCCAGAUCAGUUUGCUGGACCAGGAUGGGAACCCCGUGCCAGCCUACACCAAAGCCGGCAACUCAUGGACCUUCUCCAGGCAAAGUGGACUUUGUGGCUUCUACCAGUUCAUCAGGAAGAAUGAACUGGAGCAAUCUGCUUACCUAAAGGAUGAUACCUUCACUUUCAGGUGUGCCAUUACCAUGGCAAAGGUAAUCUUCACGGAACCCAUCCCGGAGUCCGUGUCAGUGCCUUUGUCAUCGCCUGACAUGCAGCGUCAAUUUGGCCAGCUCCUCUCCACCGGUGACGGGGCCGAUGUCACGUUCGAGGUCGGGGGCGAGACGUUUCCGGCGCACAGGAGCGUGCUCGCGGCUCGCUCUUCAGUCUUCAACGCGGAGCUCCUCGGUCCUAUGAAGGAGAGGACGGACGCUAGCAUUCGGCUGGACGGCAUAGAAGCUAAAGUUUUCAAGGCCAUGCUCCACUUCGUCUACACCGACUCAUUGCCGCAUAUAGACGCGGGAGAGGUGAUGCCGAUGGCUCAGCAUUUGCUCGUGGUGGCAGACAGGUAUAAUCUGGCGAAGCUGAAGUCGAAGUGUGAGGACACGCUGCGCGGACACUUCAACACCAGCACGGUGGCAACUAUAUUGGUGCUGGCCGAGCAGCAUUGUUGUGGGGCGCUCAAGGAUGCAUGCUUCGAGUUCGUCGCGCCUUUGGGCAAAUUCAAAGCACUCACGGCUAGUGAUGGCUUUGAGCAUCUGAUGGGGAGCUGCCCCCAUCUUCUCAAGGAGCUGGUUGCCAAUCUGGCCACCUAG